CGGGGCUACGCUCUGACCGGAAGCGGAAGUGGGUGCCUCAGAGGCGCUGCUGUCUCCGGGCGCGCGUCCAGGCAUGGGCUCUAAGGCCAAGAAGCGCGUGGUGCUGCCCACCCGCCCCGCGCCCCCCACGGUGGAGCAAAUUCUGGAAGACGUGCGGGGGGCGCCGGCCGGGGACCCCGUCUUCACCGCCCUGGCCAGGGAAGAACCCCCAGGUCCCUCCAGGAGGGUGGAGGACACCAAGGUCCAGUGGGAGCAGCUCUACCAACAGAGCCGGGCCUACGUGGCCACCAAUCAGCGGCUGCAGCAGGCGGGCAACGGGCUUAGGCAGAAGUGUGAGUGCCUGCGGCAAGCCAGCAAGGACCUGGCAUGGGAGGUGGACCAGGUGAAGCAGGCGGCCCUGCUGGAGGCCGCGGCUGCCUCCUUGGGCUGACCUCGGGGCUGCCCACCCGGGGACCCAAUCGCCCAUCAGGUCCAGGCCAGCACUUCAUGUGGGUCCCCAGCACCGGAGAGUGAGCUGGCCCAUGCUGGCCUCUGUCAUGCUGAUCGCCCAGCUGGCUCCAUCCGUCUGUGUGCCCUGCUGCAAUUCUGUCCCCUCCUCCACCCAUGGUGGCCACGGCCCUGACAUGAGAUGGGGCUUCUGGGGGCCGGCACUCAACUGUCUGUCCCCCUCUGAAUCCUGUGCCAGGCCCACAGUUGGGGUGCGGCACCAACUUGUUAACUGUGGUUCAGUCAAACGGGUGCCUGCUCGGUGUCAGGGCCACCUGAGGGCUGUCACCAGCCUCUGCUCCCAUGCCCAUCUUCAAAACAACCCUGGGCUGCUGGAGUCACUGUUCCUGCUGCUCCCAAGAGAAGAUGCCCAAGGCCCCUGCCAGGCUCAGCGUCCACCGUUGGCUGACAGGACAGCUCAUCAGUCACUGCCCGGAGCUGGCUGGGGUCGUCCGGGUCUCACGCUGCCACCCACUGGGGCAGGGGCAGGGGCAGGUUCUGGCCCUGGGGCAGGUGGGGAUUGGGAUGGCAGAGGACCUUAAAAAGGGCCUUUCAUGAUAAAAGUCACAUCAAGCAGGAACUAGAGCAGUGUGGGGCCUGGGGGAGGUGGUCCGGAGGCCCAGCCCCCAAGUGUCCCCCGGGCCCUGUAGUUAAAAUCCACCUUGUCUGACGGGCCUUUUGAAUGGCACCUCUCCGGCCACUCCUGGGGCCCUAGGAGGGAUGCAUGUGGCUAGCAGGCAGGACCCUAGCUGAGGCCACCUCACGCCUUCUCUCAGACCUGCUUUGUUUCUGGAACGUGAAAGAUGUUUCUUUUUCCCCCGUACAAGGGGUACCUGCAGAAGCCUGAGAGACCAUCUGAACCAGAAAUGGGCUCCGGGGAGCCCAGCCUGAACCUCUGGGGGCUUCUCAUUGGUCACCUGUCCUGAAGCUUUGCUUACCUGUCUGGGGACAGAAACCCCAGGGUGCUGGGUGAGGCCCUGCCAACCUCUCCCCCACUUUGCUUCUUGCAGAGAUGGGCCAGGGCUGAGCUCCCUGUAAGUGGCCCUGCUGUGAGGCCACCCGGGCUCCCCCAGCCCAGCCCCUGCACAGCUGUUGGCUGUGGUUCCGGUAGCAGGCGCUGUGUCGGCCCCGUCUGAGGCCUCUGGCCUUUGGCCCAUCCAUCCCCAGCUCUGAGGGGCCUGCAGGUGUCCACUUGCCUGCAGCCAGUACUGAGCCUGGGUGUGGACACCCAGGUGUGGCCGCCUGGCUCUGGGGUGCCGUCCACCCUUGGGAGCUUCCCCGGGGGCCAGGCAGAGACCCUGCCAGCCUCACCCAGCCCCUCCCCUGCCCCCAAAUAAACCCCAUGCUCGGGUCCUGCCUGUGGGGCCUGGCUGGAGGCGUCUGUCCAGCAAAGCAUCACCCCUUUGUUCCUGGCAGGGGGACAGGCUGGUGACUGGGAUGCAAAGUCCUCCCCCUCCCUUGCCUGGUCCUCAGCCUGUUGAGGAAUAGGAGCCACAGGCAGCGCGGGGCAAUUGAACAGCUCCGUUUAUUAAAGGUGCACAGGAGUCGGA